AGCUGGUGUUGCCUGUUUAAGGGAGAUGAGCAAUGAGUUGGCUUGAAAGAAUCAACGAAAUCGAUCCGUCAAGCCACUCGAGCUUCUCAAGCAACCUAAGCUAAUUAACACCUCGCCCUCUCUCACUCCUCCAAGCAAAGCCAUGAUGCAGUUAGGCAUAGGCUAGCUAGCCAUGGCUAAGCUAAGCUAAGCUAAGCUCUCUCUUCUUCUUCUCCUCCUCCUCGAUCCAUGCCCUCGCCAUCCAUCGGUUUCUUACACCGGUCUGUCUCCGGCCGGCGGCUGCCCUGCUGCCGUACGCCAUCUGGUUGCCGCCGGGAUGUCGUCGUCGUCGUCGUCGUGCGCCGCGGCGGAGGCGACCGGCCUGGUGGCCAUGGACUGCCCGGUGGUCUGCUGCUGCUGCCCGUGCCUGGUGCUGCAGAUCACCGUGUUCCUCUUCGUCAGGCUGCCCAAGAGGGUGGUGGUCAAGUCCAAGAGGAUCAUCCUGCGGAGGUGGCACCGGAGAAGAUCUGCUGCCGCGGCGGCGGCCAAGGGAGGCUGCAGCGCGGUCGACUCGGCUGCAGGCGCGAUGAGGUUGGAGGAGCUGCUCGACGACGACGAUUUUGAAGGUGCAUUCGGCAGGAUGGGCGAGGGCUGGAGAGAGAGGUGCUUCGCCGUCGCCGUCGUCGACGACGACGACGACGGCGUGUGGGAGGCGCUGAUCGAUCAAGAGGGACUCUUCUGGUUCGGGAGCUUCUGGGGCCGGCCGGAACAGGUGGACGAUCCGGUGUUUGGAGUUGGAGAUGAACAAAUGCACCCAGCCUUGAGGUUUCCUCUGGUUCUCGAGAGAGCGUGUGACUAGCUAGCUACUUAAUUUAGCUAGCAAAAUUAAGCUUAAUUAGGGGCAAACGCAAGUGAGUUCCUCAAGAUAAGACGAAGUGUACACACGAGGUUUCUGCUUUCUAGCUAGCCGACGAUUGCACACUAAAAGUUCCGUUAAUCAGUUGAUGUGUGCUCUCAGGGUAAACUACCCAUAUCACGAUAUUAGCCGCAGCGACACAACAUUGUACGUGCCCAGUCUAUUUUCGCCGGAACGGCGGAAGGACGCCGGCCGAUCGAUUUUAUCAGAUCGGCAAGGAGGGAAUCUGUCAGCAACAUCCAUCGCAUGCAUUAUACUAGCAGUUAUUAUUCGUUAAUCCCAGGGUAAUUUCCUAUCAUACAUAGCUCGAAGAUAAGCCGGCUAAUUUCCUAUCAUACAUGUUUAGCCGGCGUUGCAUUAUUAU